CACCAACCUCCAGUCUACAACUGAACUCCACCCUCACUGAUCUCUAGAGGCGUGUUAACAAAGCUCAGAUUCACAGAGAAGAGAACUUCAAAGCUGAGUUUACCAGACUUUUAUAUUUGAACAACUCACACUCCAAAAGAUGCUAUAGCUUUACCUGUAUUUCUUAGACAAAUACAGUGUCAAAGUGAUUCAGCAGAAGCAUUGAGAGACAACAAGGGCGCUGAGCCAUGGACUGGAAGACGUUUCAAGCCCUGCUCAGUGGGGUGAAUAAAUACUCCACUGCUUUUGGCCGGAUCUGGCUCUCUGUGGUUUUUGUGUUUCGAGUGAUGGUUUACGUUGUAGCUGCAGAGAGAGUUUGGGGUGAUGAGCAGAAAGACUUUGACUGCAACACUAAACAGCCAGGUUGUGCGAAUGUCUGUUACGACCACUUCUUUCCCAUGUCCCACAUUCGGUUGUGGGCCUUGCAGCUUAUCUUUGUCACCUGUCCAUCGCUGAUGGUGGUGAUGCAUGUGAAGUACCGCGAGGAGCGUGAACGGAAAUACCGGGUCAAACAUGGCGAAAAUGCCAAGCUCUAUGACAACACAGGGAAGAAGCAUGGUGGACUGUGGUGGACAUACCUGAUCAGCCUGUUUGUGAAGACUGGUAUAGAGAUCACUUUCCUCUAUAUUCUCCAUCAUAUCUAUGAUAGUUUCUACCUGCCACGCCUUGUUAAAUGUGAUGUGUCUCCUUGUCCCAACAUUGUGGACUGUUACAUUGGGAGACCCACAGAGAAAAGGGUCUUCACUUACUUCAUGGUUGGAGCUUCAGCGCUGUGCAUCGUGCUUAGUGUCUGCGAGAUUAUUUAUCUCAUCUCUAAACGCGUUAUUCUCUGUGCCAACAAAUUUAAAAGAAACCACAGGAGCAGCACACCAAUUCAUGGACGAUACAGAGAUGAAGACAGUAACUGCACCCUGCCUAUGCAUGAGCUGGAGAGUAAACCAGAGUCUAAAUCAGAAUUUAGGUCUGAGUAUAAGCCUGAUUCUAAAGCACAGUUUAAAUCUGAGGCCAAGCCAACCUUUAAACCAGCCUACCGGCUAAAUGUGGACAUGAGAGCUUCUGCUCCAAAUCUCUCAUUACCUAUGUAUAAGAUACAGUCGGAUAUACUCUAGAAAAUCAGAGGAUCAUGGAUGGAACUAUAUUUUGUGCAUUCCUAUCAACAAUUAAUCUGGGUGCAUGAUCAAGCAUAUUUCUAACUAGUCUUUCAUCCUAUAUUGAAAAUAAAAACUGCCUUGGGUCCUUGUCAUUUAGCAGAUACAUUUGUGAAAGACUUUACACCAACUUCAGGAAAUGGUGCCCUGGAAAACCAGCUGCAGGAAACAUUGGCCCGGAAAUACCAGGGCUUAAAUGUCUUGCUCAUUGCCGCUGUGGUAAUUAACCAGGAUUGUGUUUUCAUGUGACUUGUGAUGCUUCAAUGACUGCUACUUACUGGAAGCAAACCUAGAGUCUUUUGAAUACUUGCCUAGUUCAUUUAGGCUCUAACACCACAUAAAAAUACUGCCUUUAAUUUCAUUACAAUGUUUAUAAGAAUGUGCUUUCAUUUUUCUUUCAAAGCAUUUCUUUGUUUAAAAACAACAGAAACCAUCAAAAGGUUAUCAAAUAACCAGGAAUGCAUAAAUAGAGAACACACCUACAAACCCCACCAUCACAGGCACACAAAAAGAUCAGUAGUGGAUGACAGUAUAUAGGAAAUACAAUUACAAUGCCUCAUUGGUCUCACUUCCUAUUGUCUUCAUUUUUGUUGCUAAGAUUAAAUCAAAAGCAUACAUUAGAAAUAAAGCACAGAUGGACUCUAA